AGGUUGGAGAGGGAGAAGAUGGCGUCGCGGUCCAGCAAUAACAGCAGGACACGCGUGGGGAAGUACGAGCUGGGUCGGACCCUGGGCGCGGGCAAUUUCGCCAAGGUCAAGUUCGCUCGGAACGUCGAGACGGGCGAGAAUGUGGCAAUCAAGAUUCUCGACAAAGAAAAAGUUUUCAAGCACAAGAUGAUCGUCCAGAUUAAGCGUGAAAUCUCAACGAUGAAGCUGAUUAGACACCCAAAUGUUAUCCGUAUGUAUGAGGCGAUGGCUAGCAAGAUGAAGAUAUACAUUGUUUUGGAAUUUGUGACUGGUGGGGAAGUUUUCGACAAAAUUGCACGUAAAGGGAAGCUGAAGGAAGAUGAAGGUAGAAAGUAUUUUCAGCAACUUAUCAAUGCUGUGGACUACUGUCAUAGCAGAGGUGUAUUUCAUAGAGACCUAAAGCCAGAGAAUUUACUGCUGGAUGUUAAUGGAGUUCUUAAGGUUUCAGAUUUUGGAUUGAGUGCGCUACCACAACAAGUUCGAAAAGAUGGGUUGCUCCAUACAACCUGUGGUACGCCAAAUUAUGUUGCUCCAGAGGUGAUCAACAACAAAGGCUAUGAUGGAGCAAAGGCAGAUCUAUGGUCAUGCGGUGUGAUUCUUUUUGUCUUACUGGCUGGCUAUUUACCUUUUGCAGAAUCCAACCUUGCUGCAUUAUAUAAAAAGAUAUUCAAGGCUGACUUCACAUGUCCCCCAUGGUUCUCCUCAAGUGCAAAGAAACUCAUUAAAAGAAUCCUGGACCCUAGUCCCUCAACACGGAUUACAAUUGCUGAGGUCAUUGAGAACGAGUGGUUUAAGAAAGGAUAUAAACCGCCUAGUUUUGAGGAAGCUGAUGUUAGUCUUGCGGAUGUGGAUGCUAUCUUCAAUGAAAUCGGAGGUUCCAAAGAGCUUGUCGUUGAGAGGCGGGAAGAAGUGCCUGUGGCACCUGUCACUAUGAAUGCAUUUGAGCUCAUCUCUACAUCUCAGGGUCUCAACCUCAGUAGUCUCUUCGAGACCCAGAUGGGCUUUGUUAAAAAGGAAACAAGAUUCACAUCAAAAUCUCCUGCUAACGAGAUAAUCUCAAAAAUUGAGCAAGCUGCAGGGCUUCUUGGUUUCAAUGUAAAGAAAAAUAACUUCAAGGUCUUGAAGUCACCAUCUCAUCCUCCAUGCCAGUUUUAUUGGUUGAAGCUUCAUGGUGAAAAAACUGGACGUAAAGGUCAUUUAGCUGUGGCAACGGAGAUUUUUGAGGUGGCGCCUUCACUCUACAUGGUUGAGGUUCGCAAGUCUGGAGGUGAUACACUAGAAUUUCACAAGUUCUAUAUGACUCUUGCCGCGGGGCUGAAAGAUAUUGUUUGGAAAACUGGAGAUGGAGCAGAGGAAAGAAAAGAUGAAGGUGUUGUAGCAUCUGGAUAAGGGGUUGUUUCAUCUGGCAUUUAUGUUGUGAUUGUUUUCCCUGAGCUUCCGGUUGAAAUUACUCGAAUUGAUAUAUUAUGGUUUGCAGUGUUGCAUCUUGAGUGUGUCGUCUUGAUCACUUGGCCCUCUGAUUCUGAACUGGGUUCUUAAGACACUGUGGAUGUUUCUUCUUUGUUCAAUUGGGUAUCAUCUCUCUCUUAUAUUUUUGUGAAAAAAGUUGAUGUACCCAAUUGUGGUUGGGAUUGGAGUAUUAAGUUGGUAUUACUUCUCA